AUGCACCAGGAAGAAUUCAGCGAGUACGUCAUUGCUUGCAGUUCUGCUAAUAUUAUUAAUGACACUUUGACUCACGGAUCGCCAAUCGUUAAUAAACGACCUCAUCAAUGUAAGGAAUAUUCCGAUUUGGUUUACGAAACCGAGAAUUCGCCGACUUUACGUAUCAAUGCCGGCUCGAAUAAGGUCUCCCGCUGCGCUGUUGUCGAGACACCUCUAAUCAUCGGCGGAAUCCAAGCGAAACAUGCGGAAUUUCCGCACAUGGCAGUAAUCGGUUAUGGUAAACAAGAUGUGUCCUGGCAAUGCGGAGGAAGCAUCAUCUCCGAGAAUUUUAUUCUGACAGCAGCGCAUUGUAUGGAAUCCCCGGACAAGGGUCCCGCGAGCAAAGUGCGAGUCGGUUUAAUUAAUCUGUCAACUCCCGGUGAGGCUAUGCAGGAGAGGAAUGUCGCGGAAAGAAUCAAGUAUCCAGAUUAUAAAUUUUCAGUCAGAUAUCACGAUAUAGCGUUACUCAAGCUUGAACAACCAUUAGAAUUGAAUCCUCGAAUACGACCCGCGUGCCUUGAAAUAGAAUCCCGACUACCAAGUCAAAGUGCUAUCGCCUCUGGAUUUGGUAAAACAACCUACGAAUCUAGUAUUGGCAGCAACGAAUUGAUGAAAGUUCAGUUAAACUACAUUUCCGAAGAUGAAUGUAAAAAAACUUAUGCUGAGGAUCUUGGUACUCGGCGGCUGCCCGAUGGUUUAAUACCGAGCUUACUUUGCGCCGGUGUAAUGGAAGGCGGUAAAGAUACUUGUCAGGGUGACAGUGGCGGUCCAUUACAAAGAAUUCUCGCGGAACCUUACUGCAUGUACAGCAUCGUUGGUGUGACAAGCUUCGGCAAGUUUUGUGCCUUCAAAUCAUCGCCCGCAAUAUACACCAGACGAGAUUUGGAUCAAGUCGAGGGUGGAAGCUCAAGACGGACUCCUAUUCACAGGCGGGCUGAAAAUCCCAGGAAUGAAGAAACGGAGGAGGAAGAAGAGAACGUUUGAGAAGAUAACGUGCGACGAUGAUGUCCGCAUUGGCGAGCGUAGUUAUUGAUGUUAUAGCUGGAGGCAGACGUUGAAUGAUGUCAUGAACCGGUCAUACGAUAAUGCGGAUGCUAAGAUC